AUGUUCCGAUCGGAGGCGCACUUCCGCAUGUUAACCAACCUGCGCUUUCUGGAAUUACAAAAGUUGCUCCUAAAAAGGUUUCAAAUUUUCAAGAAUGAAGAAAUAACUAUUCUGAAGAAAGAUAGCAUGAAGACAAUUUUGAACGAAUGGGCUGAAUUCCUAACGAAGGAGCAGAAAGGAACUAAUAUUACACACAUCCCAGAUGAAGUGUUGCAGAAUAAAAAGGUGGCUGACAUUUUGAGGGACGACAUUGAAUGCAGGUGGUUGGUUGGUCGGAUCAAUGUGGGCAAUAAUCAGGAGAGUCCAGUCGGUACUAAUGAUGUAAAUAGUUCUUGCAGUGCUGCCCUUGCGCGGAAGGGCACCGCUCUGAGCAAAAUAGACCAACUGCACUUCGACGAGUACCCAAACUUGUUCCAUUACGAGUAUCCGCAAUUCCCAUACAACUAUUAUGACAAGAAAAAAAUGGAGAACUUUUACUCGCUCUUAAAAUUCCCUUACAAUGAUAUUUUAAAAAUUUCGAAGAUGAUCAAGAGGGAUGUGAUAUCCCCGAGUGGUAAUGCUGAGGAGGGAGAAAUACUGCAACAGGGGGGGAAGGCGCAAAGCGAGGUGUUGGAAUCCACGCAUGUGGAUGUAGUUAAUGAUGACUUCAUGAAUUACUCUAGCAAUAGUUAUGUGUAUGCCCCAUCUGAGAUGGAGACGUCGAAGGAGAAUUACCACGAGUAG